AUGGUUUCAUUGUUGUUCUUCCUUGUUUUCUCUCUAAACUCUGUAAUUGCAGCAUCAGCAUCUUCUGACAAAUUUGUGCAAUGUUUUGCUUCUCAUUUGCAAAACCCUAAUCAGAUUUCUAAGAUCAUCCUGGCGAAGAACACUUCUGAUUAUUCGUCUGUCCUGAAAUCUUCCAUCAGAAACCUCAGAUUCUUCGACAACUCGACGCGACAACCACGGCUCAUACUCACUCCGUUUCACCAAUCCCAUAUCCAGGCCGGUGUUGUUUGCUCCAAAAAACAUGGCCUGCAAGUAAGAAUCCGAAGUGGAGGACACGACUACGAGGGCCUAUCUUACUCAUCCGAUCCUGAUUUUAGUAAGCAUCCCUUUGUACUCUUUGAUCUUGCUAAUCUGAGGUCCAUUAAUGUUGAUAUAGAAAAUGAGAGUGCAUGGGUUGAAUCUGGUGCAACGCUAGGUGAAUUAUAUUAUCAUAUUGCCAUGAAAAGUAAAGUUUAUGGAUUCCCAGCUGGGAGUUGUCCUACAGUUGGUGUUGGAGGACAUCUUAGUGGAGGUGGGUUCGGUACAAUUUUCAGGAAAUAUGGUCUAGCAGCUGAUAAUGUUAUGGAUGCUAAGAUAGUUGAUGUGAAUGGAAGAAUUCUUGACAGAAAAUCAAUGGGGGAAGAUCUUUUUUGGGCUAUUAGAGGAGGUGGGGGGUCAAGUUUUGGUGUAAUUUUUUCCUGGAAAAUCAGAUUGGUUCCAGUUCCAAACAAUGUUACUGUUUUCAAGAUAGGAAAAACACUUGAACAAGGAGUAACAAAGCUUCUCCAAAAAUGGCAGAUCAUUGCUCAUAAACUUCCUAAAGAACUUUUCCUUCAUGCAGUCAUCGAGACAGUCGAUUCAGGAGGCGAAAAAACCGUCAUGAUUUCUUUUGAUUCUUUGUUUCUUGGUGGGACUAAAGAGCUUCUUGUUCUGAUACAAGAUAAACUCCCCGAACUGGGUUUAUCAGAAUCCGAUUGCAAACAGAUGAAUUGGAUCCAAUCAGUCCUUUAUUUCGCUGGCUUCGAGUCUAAUCACUCAUUAGAUAUAUUGCUUAACCGCACUACAUCACUACAAUUCUUUAAAGGUAAAUCAGACUACGUAAAAGAACCCAUUUCGGAAACCGGGUUGGAAGGUUUAUACAAAAUGGUUCUUGAAGGGAAGACAGCUUUCUUGAUCUUGACACCUUAUGGAGGAAGAAUGCGUGAGAUUUCUGAAUCAGAACUUCCUUUCCCUCACCGAAUAGGAAACAUAUAUGGAAUCCAGUAUUUGAAUUAUUGGGAUUAUGAAGAAGAGACAGAAAAAAAUAUUAACUGGAUGAGAAGGUUAUAUGAUUACAUGGAAAAUUAUGUUUCGAAAAAUCCAAGAGCUGCAUACCUAAAUUACAGAGAUCUUGAUCUUGGUAAGAAUAGAUUUGAUGGGAAAACAAGUUAUGAAGAAGCAAGUGUUUGGGGAUCCAAGUAUUUCAAGAAUAAUUUCAAGAGACUUGUCCAUGUUAAGACUGCUGUUGAUCCUGCCAACUUUUUCAACGACGAACAAAGCCUACCAGUGUGUCCAUGAUCAUGGAAAAAACACACAGACACACA